AUGGAAUUUUCUUCUAGCUAUUCUAUCAAAACUUGGGUUUCAUUCAACUGGGAUCAAUUGGAUUCGAAUUUGCAUUACUUCUCCCUCCUUCUCCAUUCUCAUCAAUGGAAGCCCCUUUGGUCCCCAGCCAAAGGGCUUCGUCAAUGGGAUCCCUUAUCGCCCUUUCUUUUUAUUUUUGGCACAGAAGUCAUCUCUCGGCUUCUUCUUCAACAAGAAUCUCAUGACCUUCUUAAAGGAAUCAAAAUUGCUCGCAAUUGCUCCCCGAUUACACAUCUUUUGUUUGCGGAUGAUCUCAUUAUUUUUGCUAAAGCCACUUCUGCAGAAGCAGUUAUUAUCAAAUCAUGCUUGGAUAAAUACUGCCUUUGGUCUGGACAGGCUAUCAAUAUUUCUAAAUCUUUAGUCCACUUUAGCAAAAAUGUUGUUGCCUCUACUAUCACCAGUAUUUGGGGCGUCUUUCCCUACAAGCAGGCUUUGGCAACUUCCAAAUACCUUGGUGUUCCUCUCUUCUUUGGUAGAUCCAAAACUGCAGCUUUUCAGGAUAUCUUGGAGAAGGUUUCUGGCAAAAUGGAGGGUUGGCAAGCUAAGACUUUGUCUCAAGCUGGACGUACAAUGCUUAUUAAAUCGGUUGCAACUACAAUCCCUUCUUAUGCUAUGAGCACUUUCCUUCUCCCUUCCUUUUUGUCUUCUUCCCUUGAUAAGUCUUUCAAAAACUUUUGGUGGGGUUUUCCAAAAGAUAAAUCCAAAAAUCUCUCCUUGAAAUCAUGGAGCUCUAUUUGUCUCCCGCGCAAUGCUGGAGGGCUUGGAUUUCGUCGUGAGCAUGAAUUUAAUUUGUCUCUCAUAGCCUAG